AGCCAAACAAGCACAAAAGCAGCACUGAAAGCCCAUAGGCAGAGCGAGGAGAGAAACCCCUCUCUCCCUCUUCCCAUUCUCUCUCUCCUCCCUCAUUUGGUUUGCUUUCGUGCCAGUGCACCAAUCAAAGACCCCACAAAUCCGAUUUUCCUUCGAACAAUGCCAGCUUCCCCUUCCUUCCCCUCGGAGACCCGCACGCGAUGGAAGAAGCGAAAGAGAGAGCCCCAAAUCAGCCGGAGAGCACCGAAGCACGAGGACGACGACGAAGAUGAGGAAGAGCCCCCUCCCGCCCACGACGACGACGGCGUAGAACUACAGGAUGAUCCCGACGAGCCGCAAUCCGGCGCCGUUUCGCUCCAUGAGAGCGAGGUCCUCUCCGACGGUGGGGCCCGCGUCUGUGACUUCCCUCUCGUGGUCAAGCACACAGUGAAUCGGCCCCACUCCUCGGUCAUGGCCAUCGUGGCCGCAGAGCGGGCCAAUCAGAGCGGAGAGAGCGGCAAGAGGGCUCAGCAGCUCCACGCUGCUUUGCUGGCCUUGGAGAACGUGUCGUACGGGCAGCUCCAGGCGCUUUCCGCCGUGCCCGCGGAUGCUCCGGUGUUCGAUCAGGAUCGGACGGAUGGCGCCGUUUCCGGAUCGUCCUUUGUGAUCACGCCGCCCCAGAUCAUGGAAGGUCGCGGCGUCGUCAAGCGGUUCGGGAGCAGGGUUCUCGUGGUCCCAAUGCAUUCAGAUUGGUUUUCACCAGCCACUGUGCAUCGACUGGAGAGGCAAGUGGUGCCACAUUUCUUCUCUGGGAAAUCACCAGACCACACGCCAGAGAAAUACAUGGAAUGUAGGAACUACAUUGUUGCCAAAUACAUGGAGAAUCCAGAAAAGAGGCUCAUGGUCUCUGAUUGCCAAGGAUUGGUAGUUGGCGUUGAUAAUGAAGAUUUAGCUCGGAUUGUUCGGUUUCUUGAUCACUGGGGAAUCAUCAAUUACUGUGCUGCAGCACCAAGUUGUGAGCCUCGGAAUGGUGGGUCCUACGUAAGGGAGGAUCUAAAUGGUGAUAUCCAAGUGCCAUCAGCUGCUCUAAAGUCCAUUGAUAGUUUAAUCAAAUUUGAGAAGCCCAAAUGUAGGCUCAAAGUGGCUGAUGUUUAUUCAUCAUUGUCAUCACACGAUGCUCAUGCCUCUGAUUUGGACAACAGAAUCCGAGAGCGUCUAUCUGAAAAUCACUGCAAUUGUUGUUCUCGGGCUCUUCCCACGGUUUACUAUCAGUCACAGAAGGAGAUUGAUACGCAACUGUGCUCUAAUUGCUUCCAAGAGGGGAGGUUUGUUACUGGUCAUUCAAGCAUAGAUUUUAUAAGCGUGGAUGCAACAAAUGAUUAUGGUGACCCAGAUGGGGAAAACUGGACCGAUCAGGAAACAUUACUUCUACUUGAGGCAAUGGAGAUUUACAACGAGAAUUGGAAUGAAAUUGCAGAGCAUGUUAGUACCAAGUCAAAAGCACAAUGCAUUCUUCACUUUCUUCGUCUACCUAUGGAGAAUGGCCUACUGGAAAAUAUUGAAGUUCCAGGCAUGUCAUCUAACUCGUUAAAUGGAGAUGAUUGUGGAAGAUCAAAUUCAAAUUAUAAUGGGGAUUCAGCAGGAUCCUGCCAUCAAGAUGCCAAUUCUGAAAGCAGGCUCCCUUUUGCGAAUUCCGGGAAUCCAGUUAUGGCCCUGGUUGCUUUUUUGGCCUCUACUAUUGGACCAAGAGUUGCUGCGGCAUGUGCACAUGCGUCCUUGGCAGCAUUGUCCGAGGGCAAUGGCUUAUCUGCUUCUGGAAGAAAUUUACAGCUGGAAGGUUCUGGGCAUGGUAAUAGGAUGAAUUCAGAGAGUAUACAUAGCAGAGAAAGUGGUCGUCAUGGAGUAAUUGCAAAUUCAAUCCAGCAAAAAGCUUCAGAGGAGAACUCUGGACUACAUGGUUCAUGGAAUCAGAAUGAGGCACAGGUUCCAUUAUCUGCAGAGAAAGUUAAAGCUGCUGCUAAAGCUGGCCUUGCUGCUGCAGCAACAAAAGCAAAAUUGUUUGCAGAUCAUGAAGAACGGGAAAUUCAAAGGCUAUCUGCAAAUAUAGUAAACCAUCAGUUGAAGAGAUUGGAGCUGAAGCUGAAGCAGUUUGCUGAAGUGGAAACGUUUUUGAUGAAAGAAUGUGAACAAGUGGAGAAGACAAGGCAGAGGAUUGCUGCUGAACGGGCCCGCUUGAUAUCAGCUCGAUGUGGACCUGCUGGCGUCACUUCACCCAUGGGCGUACCAGGUGCUGGUCCUUCUAUGGUGAACAAUAACGCCAGCAAUAGGCAACAAAUUGUCUCAGCUCCGCCUUCACAACCAAGCAUUCCAGGAUAUGGCAACAAUCAAACAGUCCAUCCCCACAUGCCGUUUAUGCAACGGCAGCAAAUGUUUGGGUUGGGGCCAAGGCUGCCCAUGGCAGCAAUACAGCAGUCCUCAGCUGCUUCAAAUGUCAUGUUCAAUGCCUCUGGUAAUGCGCAGCCUACUCUGAAUCAUCCGAUGCUGCGACCCGUAUCUGGUACUAACUCUGGUUUAGGUUGAACAAGAGAGCUUGAUUCAAGUUCUGAAUUUUAUGAUUCAUUUCCUUUUGGUGAUUCAUUUCUGCAUUCAAAAGGAAAAGGAUUAUAUAAAUUAGCCAUGAAAUUUUUAUCUGCCUCACAUUGUUCUAGUUUUGAUCUACACAGAAGUUACAAGGGGCAGUUGUAGGGCUUGUAAUUUUACACAGUUAACAAAUAGAAAUUAGUUCCCAAAUUGUACGAUGAAAUUAGUGUUCAGUAUAGAUUCAACUUCUGUUUUGCU